AUGGAGUACUAUGUGGACCUCGAAUUGAUUCGUGAUGUACUUCACAAACUGGCUCUUAAACACUGGGCCCGCUUUGAAUAUUCAAGGGAACAGGAGGAGCUUGACGCGUCUGUGUUCCAUGGCCGUAUUGCACUCGGACUAUGUCAUGUAGAACAUCCUAGGCGCUCCGAGAUAUUGAAUAGUCUUGGAAUGUUUCUGUACACGCGAUUUGAGCAAUACGGUGGCAUAGAGGAUUUAGAGGAGGCCAUACAGCAUCAUCGUGCCGCUUUGCGACUUCUCCCCGAAGACCAUCACGAUCGUCCUAUGUUUCUGAUUUUGCUCGCGGCUUCCCUUCAAAGUCAAUUCGAACAGCGUGGACAGUCUGCGAACCUCGAUGAGGCCAUCGAGCAUCAACGUGCCGCUCUGCAACUUUGCCCCGUCGGCCAUCCCAAUCGUUCCAUGUCUCUGAACUGCCUUGCCUCUUCCCUUCAAGCUCGCUUUGAACAGCACGGACUGACAACUGAUCUCGACGAGGCCAUCGAGCUGAAUCGUGCUGCCCUGCAACUGCGCCCCGACGGCCAUCCAAAUCGUUCCACAUCUCUUAUCAACCUUGCAGCUGCUCUUGCAACUCGAUUUUCACAGAACGGAAGGGCUGCAGAUCUUGAUGAGGCUAUUGAACAUAAUCGCAUCGCCCUGCAACUUCUCCCUGACAGUCAUCCCAAUCGUUCCAAGUCUCUCAAUAACCUCGGGGAUUCCCUCCGAACUCGAUUUGCACAGUAUGGACGGGCAGCAGAUCUUGAUGAGGCUAUCGAGCUGAAUCAUGCUGCACUGCAACUUUGCCCCGAAGGCAAUCCCGAUCGUUCCAUGUCCCUUCAUAACUUAGCGACUUCCCUUCAGGAUCGAUUUGAACAGCAUGGACAGACCGCUGACCUUGAUGAUGCCAUCGAGCAUCAUCGUGCUGCGCUGCACCUUCGACCCGACGGUCAUCCUGAUCGUUCUGCCUCUCUGAAUAAUCUAGCGGUUUGCCUUCAAAUUCGGUUUGAACAGCUUGGACGGACGACAGACCUUGACGAGGCUAUCAAGCAUCAUCGUGCUGCACUGCAACUUCGACCUGCCAGCCAUCCCUAUCGUGCCAUGUCGCUCAAUAAUCUUGCGGCUUCACUUGUAAUUCAAUAUGAACAGCAUGGACGGCCCACGGACCUCGAUGAGGCCAUCGAAUUGAAUCGUUUUGCCCUGCAGAUUCAACCCGACAGCCAUCCCGAUCGUUCCACGUCUCUUUUCACCCUAGCAGCUUCCCUUCAAAUCCGAUUUGAACAAACUGGACAGGUUGCUGAUCUUGAUGAGGCCAUCGAACAUAAUCGCUCCGCCCUACAGCUUCUCCCUGACAGCCAUGCUAAUCACCUUGAUGAAGCCAUCAAGUACCAUCGUUUGGCACUGCAACUUCGUCCCACUGGCCACCCCGAUCGCUCCAUGUCUCUCACUAACCUUGCGGCUUCCCUCCAAGUUCGAUCUGAGCAGCAUGGACAGACUAACGACCUCGAUGAGGCCAUUGACCUGCAUCAUGCUGCACUGCAGCUUCGACCCGAUGGGCAUCCCAAUCGUUCCAUUUCUCUCAAUAACCUUGCUACUUCUCUUAAAAUGCGAUUUGACCAGCUUGGACGCACCGCAGACCUCGAUGGGGCCAUCGAGAUGAUUCGUGAGGCUCUGCAACUUCGACCCGACGGUCAUCCCGAUCGUUCCACAUCGCUGGCCAGCUUGGCUAUUUCAUUAUUCUCACAAUUCAAGAAGUCUGGGAGCUUGGACGAUUUCGAAGAGUGUAUGCAAUUAUUCGGAUGUGCUGCCGAGCAUAAGUUUUCAAGCUCGGUGGUGCGUAUCGAGGUGGCCAGGCGAUGGGCUGACCUUGCUCGAAGUCAUGCUCACCAUACCACGUCUAGGGCUUACAAGGUGGCGAUGCUGCUUCUUCAACGUUCCCUCGUUGUUAGUCCCACGCUUCAUACACAACACGACUUUCUUACUGGAAAAGGCGACUACAGAACACUCACGUUGGAAGCGGUGGCCUAUGCCAUACAUCGAAAUAGGCUGGAGGAAGCGAUUGAGCUGCUCGAGCAAGGAAGGGGUAUACUCUGGUCGCAGAUGCGCGGUCUUCGGACACCUCUUGAUCGUCUUGUGGAAACGAAUAGAGAGCUCGCUGAUAAGUUCAGGAAUGUUAGUCGGCAGCUGGAGAAACUGGCAACAUCAACUUCCGCACUGCAGUCUGAUCCAAGCUUAGGCAGAGACGGCUCAUCUACACUGGAUGUUCACAGAGAACGGUUAUUGUUUGAGGAGAAGCUGAAGGUAAAGAAGCAGCUCUCUAAUGAGCAAGAGGAGAUCAUCAACGAGAUAAGGCGAAUUCCUAAAUUUGAGAGCUUCCUUACAGCCACGCCGUUUAAAGAACUUCAGCGGUCAGCUUCGGAGGGUCCAGUGAUUGUGGUCAAUCAUAGCAAAUAUCGAUCCGAUGCGCUCAUCAUCCUCUCACGUGAAGUUCAACCAGUUAUCUGUGUCCCACUAGAUGGAGAGUUCUACAAGGACAGCAUUGAGUUAUAUGUCGAACUCUUGGAAACGCGACAACGUUUCACGGCUAACUCGCCUGAAUAUGAUAAGAAGCUCGUUGAAGCACUGGAGAUGUUAUGGGAUAGGGUCGUGUCCAAAGUCGUCGAAAAGCUUAAGGAGCUUGGGAUUGCUGAAGGAUCGCGAAUUUGGUGGUGUCCUACAUCUGUCCUCUCUGCGCUUCCCUUCCACGCCGCGGGUCCGUUCAAGGACACGGAUGGCACUACGGAGUAUUUAUUGGAUAAAUACGUCUCAUCAUAUACUCCGACACUCGGAGCGCUCGUCAAUGCACAGUCAGGCGGGGAUGGAGGGGAAUUAACGGUGCUUGUCAUUGGGGAUACAUCGCUUAAGUCAGCUAAGCAGGAGAUCAGAAACAUCCGGAACUGUGGGAUUAGCACCCGGUUACUCGUCAGUAAGAAGAUAUCUCAUGAAGCAGUGAUCAAGGCCCUUUCGGGAUCAACCUGGGUUCAUUUCGUUUGUCACGGAACUUUAGACCCAAAGCCCUUCAAUUAUUCAUUCAAAUUGACAGACCAUGGACUGACUUUACUCGAUAUUGUUCGAGGUCAUAUCCCGAACGCAGAGUUCGCCUUCCUUUCUGCCUGCCACACAGCUGAGCAGUCUUUCCUGGUUGCGCACGAUGAAGUGCUUCACUUGGCUGCAGCGAUGCAGUUCUCUGGAUUUCGAAGUGUGAUUGGAUCGAUGUGGGAGCUACUUGAUGAGGAUGGGCCGUUUUUCGCCAAGACAGUUUACGAGUACAUGCAAAACUGCAACGAGGGCGAGGCGAAGUACAAGCGGGCGGCUGCUGGUCUUCGUGAAGCAGCGAUAGGACUGAAAGCACGGGAUGGUAUUCAGACUGAGAGAUGGGUAAAUUUGAUUCACAUAGGUGCUUGA